AUAAUAUACAAUCACCAAACAGGGAAAUAGCUACUGUGAUUAUCUAGCAAAAAAGCGUAUAGUGAACAGCGUAUGGGUGGAUAGGUUCUCUACCCCACGCGGCACCAUUUGCUCAACAACACUCGCGUGCGCGACUCUACUAGCUAGACGGGAACGCAAAAUACGAACAGCUUCUCAAAGGCUCCCGUGGUUUGUAGCCGCCACCGCACUGCUCUCUGUCUCUCUUACACUCACGCGUCCCUUGUACUGGGCGGAACUUGAGCGGAUAGCGCCGCACUGGCUGGGCUCUUUGAACCGCUACCGUCGGUAUCCUACUGGCCGGACACUAUGAAAGGCUUCUGCCGGGUGCUUGUUCAAUGCCCCCAAGAAUUUACGAGGCGACUGGCGGAUCUCAGCAAGCGAAAACCACCCCUGGCUGUUCCGAUUAUUGGGUCCCCACCGUCAGACUUGCUAGAAGCGCAGAAUUCCUACCGCUCGCUUGUGAUGGAGGGAUUGCGGCAUAAAACCCUUUGAGAUGAGCAUGAAACAGUAGCAGUAGGGUGGUUUUACUGAGUUCUGUAUGAAAAAGAAAGACAAAAAAAGCACUUCACGGCCACUGGCAAAAAAAUGGAAAACCUCUGCUCCCGUAGUGAGUCAAUUCGAGAGAUGGGAAUCGAGAUCGGGGAACUACGGAAUGGCCCCGCAAGGUCGGCGAGGGAUGAGAGGUACAGGAGGUGUAGAUCGAGGGUGGAAUAACCGCUUCUUGUGGUGGUAGUAGUGGUGGCAUACCCAAUUAAGCAACAGUAGCAACAAGGAGCAGGACGGUUGGGCGUCAUGGAAGUUCACAGGAGUCCAGGGCCGCGGAGAAAUUUGUGGCCAGGGCCGAGUCCAGGUGUUAUGGGAGGGACAGGAGUUGAAGGGGGCGGAAGCCGCAGUCGUCUCACACAGUGGAGAUAGUUUCUUGAUAGUGGUUGGGGGCUUAUGUGGUUGGACGGGUGAAAAUGUUAUAGCGUGACCAAAGGAAGUGAGCUGGGGAUUUAAUCGUCGAAGUUGAUU